UGAGGCAAGCUGCAAUGGUUUAAAUAGGCUAAAAUACACAGUCUCUGAUCCAAUCCUACACAAACGGGCAGCACGACCACUCUUACUAAACUGCUUAUAAUGUUUUUAUGCGAUCAAGAGACCACCCUGGCUAUGGUCUAUAGAGGGCAGUCAACUUCACAACUGACAUAGAAAAAGAAGGACUUGUUUCUCCUCGGACACAUUUACCCUGCGCACUAUUAGAAAGAAGCGCCGCAUUCUCACAUUUCUCAAGUGUGGCUGCACAGAUGGCGACUACAAAGGUUCCAGAGGUUCGUGACAUCACGCGGAUCGAGAGAAUCGGAGCACACUCUCACAUUCGUGGCCUUGGUUUGGAUGAUGCUUUGGAGCCAAGACAGGUGUCUCAGGGGAUGGUUGGCCAGCUGGCCUCCCGUCGAGCAGCAGGGAUCAUUCUGGAGAUGAUCAAAGAUGGCCACAUAGCUGGCAGAGCAGUACUGAUAGCUGGCCAACCUGGCACAGGAAAGACUGCCAUCGCCAUGGGCAUUGCCCAGUCUCUUGGCCCUGAUACACCCUUCACAGCGCUGGCCGGCAGUGAGAUCUUCUCCCUGGAGAUGAGCAAGACCGAGGCACUCAGCCAGGCUUUUAGAAAAGCUAUCGGAGUGAGGAUCAAAGAAGAGACAGAGAUUAUUGAAGGAGAGGUGGUGGAGAUCCAGAUUGAUAGACCAGCCACUGGAACGGGUGCCAAGGUGGGCAAGCUGACUCUAAAGACUACUGAGAUGGAGACAAUAUACGACUUGGGCAACAAGAUGAUCGACAGUCUCAGUAAAGAGAAGGUUCAAGCAGGAGAUGUUAUUACCAUUGACAAAGCCACUGGAAAGAUCAGCAAGUUGGGCCGCUCCUUCACCAGAGCCAGAGACUAUGAUGCCAUGGGAGCCCAGACACAGUUUGUACAGUGUCCAGAGGGAGAGCUGCAGAAGAGGAAAGAGGUGGUCCACACAGUGUCCCUCCAUGAGAUCGACGUCAUCAACAGCCGCACACAAGGCUUCCUGGCUCUCUUCUCCGGAGACACGGGGGAGAUCAAGUCUGAAGUCCGCGAGCAGAUUAAUGCCAAAGUGUGUGAGUGGAGGGAAGAGGGCAAGGCCGAGAUCAUUCCUGGGGUGUUAUUUAUUGACGAGGUCCAUAUGCUGGACAUGGAGUGUUUUUCCUUCCUGAACCGAGCCCUGGAGAGUGACUUGUCCCCAGUUCUCAUUAUGGCCACCAACAGAGGCAUCACUCGUAUCCGCGGCACAAACUAUCAGAGCCCUCAUGGCAUCCCCAUCGACCUGCUGGAUCGCCUGCUCAUCAUCGCCACCUCCCCUUACAGCGAAAAAGAGACGAGGCAGAUCCUCAAGAUCCGGUGUGAGGAGGAAGACGUGGAUCUGAGCGAGGAGGCCCACACCGUCCUGACUCGCAUCGGCAUGGAGACGUCACUGCGCUACGCCAUCCAGCUGAUCAGCACAGCUGGACUGGUGUGUCGCAAACGCAAGGGGACAGAAGUCCAGGUGGAGGACAUCAAAAGGGUUUACUCUCUGUUCCUGGAUGAGGCCAGAUCCUCUCAGUACAUGAAGGAGUAUCAGGAUUCCUUCCUCUUCAAUGAAACACAAACGGGUUCAAUGGACACCUCAUAAUGAAGAUGACUGCUUUGUUUUCUUACACUCUGAAGUUUUAAUGUUGUCGAAUCGUCUCUGGGGUCAGAGUCAAUUCAAAACUGGAUUUUACUUUAAUUUGAAUUCAGCAUUGAAAUGUAACUUGACUGAUUUCCUUACAUUUUUCUUCUCUGUUCAGCUUUAAUUCUCAUUGUUUGAAAUCAAAUUUAUUCACUGAAAUUUGACUUAAUUCUGAAUUCACCACGUUUCUGUUCAUCGAGGCCUUGUUUGUGGCUGGAAUAUCUAUUCCGUCAGUGUUUUCCUUUACAUGGUUUAUUUUUAUGAAAAUUAUUAAACAGGCUUUCCUAAGCACACUGUGA